CUUCGUGUAUCCUGGUCGAAUAAUAUUUGUUCAAUAUUUUAAGAUAUUUGCAUCAUGCAUGUUAUACAGAUGAAAAAAGAAAAUAUGAUUUUCAAGUUUUAAUAGGUACAUACACAUUAGCAAUUUUUCGAAGUUAAUAGUUGAAUUGCGUUUGAUAUAGAACAUUAUAUAGAUAAUGAAAGAUUUGAAAUAGAAAGAUGGAAAUUGACCAGUCUAAUGUCUUUGAAAGUGACAAUGACAAUAGAAGUAGAGAAGUUGUUGUUGAUGGCUGUCAUAAGAAAGAGAUCGAAGACAUUGAUAAUCAGAAGAUCCAGACUGAAGAUGAAGUGGAUUAUGGAUAUACUGAUGAAAAUUUUGACGAUGAAUAUGAUGAUGAUUAUGGUGAUGAAUAUGAUGAUGAUGAUUAUGGUGAUGAAUAUGAUGAAGAACCUUGUUUUGGGGAUGGGGUAGAUUACAAAACCUUUGACACGAUGAAAUCAAUGAUUUUUUAUUGGAUAACAGCAACAAAGAGGUUAAAUGGACGUAUUGAAAAAGAUGCUGAGAAAUAUUUAGUUUCUGCACUAGCUCUUUGUAAUUUUGAACAAAGAAAAGCUUUAAUGAAAGUACAAACAAUAAAGCAUACGUCAUUGUCACUUGCUUGUGAGAUUGGAAAUCUCAGGCUCGUCAAAUUUUUAGUUGAACACUGUGGAGCUGACGUAAAUGAAUUCUUUGGGUGGCCAUUGUAUUGGUCAAUUUAUAAGAAGCAUAAAAACAUUAUCCAGUAUCUGGUAGAAAGUAAUGCGGAUGUAGGAAUGUGCUUUGUUGACAAUUGCAACAUGCUGAUGGCCUCUCUUGAUAUCUACAAUGAAGGUUCUUUAACCGUAGAAUCAGGCAAAUGUAUGAAUGAAAUCGACAGAAUUAAAAUAGUUCAUCAAAAUCAGCAGGUCAAGAAUACUCCUGGUACAGACAUUGUGAAUCUCUUAGUAGAAAAUGAUGCCGUUAGAAAAAGUAGCCCUCUCAUAUUGUUUAAUAUUUUAAAAGUAUUUUUAAAUGAUAAGGAAAGCCACACUAAUGUAAAUUUUAAGAAUGUGUUAGAUAAGAUUUCGAACCUUGACGAAGUUAAAGAUGAAAAUGGAAAAUCCAUUCUUGAGCAUGCUGUUCUCGACCCUAAGUUAAACAUUGUGACCGCUACCAUGAUUUUAAGGAAAGGGGACGUUAACGCUGUAAAUACACUUAAAGCUGUUUGUGUGCCAACACUUGAAAAGUACUUCAGUAAUUUGAAUGAAAGUAUAGGUGAAAUCUGGACGAAUAUCUUGAAUGAAAAAAGGUCAAAGAACAUAUCUUAUAUAGGUCUAUCCAGUAGACACUGUUUGCACCCAAUUGUUUAUGCUGCCUAUCAGGGAAACUGGAAACUUUUGUCAGGUCUCAUGUGUUUUCCGAAUAUUCCAUUGAAAAUCAAGCUUGAUGCUGUUGAGAUUUAUGGUGCUUUCCUUGUUAUCAAAUACCUGAAAUUUGCAGAUGCAUUACUCUGCUGGAAUGUAUCUACUGAGAUGAGACUUGGAAAACAUGAAAUUUCAUCGCUUCAUCCUUUCUCCCCUGUAGGCACUGGUAGUGAAUUAAAUAAAUUAUUAAACAUCCUGCAUAACGAGCAUUACCAAACAAGAAAAGAAUCGGAAAAACUUAUGAAGACAAUAAUUCCGUAUCAGAGGUGUGCCUUUGACUUCCAGUUAGAAUUUCAGUCCAUUGAAGAUCUAGAAUAUUUACAACUAGAAACCUCCAAAGAUAUUUUAAUACAGGCCGGUCUGCUAUAUGAAAGGGUGAUAGGGUAUGGAAAUUCUUUCACAUUAGCAGUCAUGUUAUUAAUCGCAAAGCGUUAUCACAAUGAACAGUUUUUGGGACAUUUGAAAUCAAGUAUAUCUUUGGUGACAAGCAGUCUUUGCUUUUACAUUCAGAAUCAAAUGUUUGAUAAAAAGAAACCUUUGAUUGUAGUGCAGCAGAUAGUUAAAGCACUUACACUAGCAUUAUCGAGUGAAAAGCUUCGCAAACAACUUGACUUUGAUACCAUUAUGGCUAUAUUGAAAUGUAUUUUCUUAGUCUGCUAUAAGUUUCUAGGAACAAAUACACUUAUAAAAGAGCAAAUUACCUAUUUGUUAAUUACAAUCUAUAAGAUCGAUGAACAUGAAAAGACUCCUGAUCAGACCAAUCAGUUCAGAAGAUGUCUUAUACAAAUCGUCAAGUUAGACAUUAGAGAUUCAUUUAACCAGACGCUACUGCAUUAUUCUGUUUUAAUCAGGAAAAUUGUGUCCGAGAAUAAUGGCGUUGACAAGAAUGGUAUUUUCAGUCUUCCACCAAUUAGAUGGUGGUUAUCUCAAUUUGAAAAUCCCUUUCGUGUGACACAACUCCUACUUGAGAGUGGAGCAGCCCCUAAUGUAUUUGACAUUAAUGGUCAAACGCCUCUUCAUACAUUCUUCCUAAGUUUUGAGUCUGGGAAAGAUCUUACUCAAGAGGAUAAGAUUGUUUUGGAUGCCCUUCUGGAAGCCGGAGCACAUCAGGAUUAUAUAGAUGUAUGGGAAAUGACGCCCAUUGAUUAUUCAGAAUUCACUUGCCUACCUCUCUGUCGUGCAAGAAAUAGAACACUGCAGUGCCUUGUUUCAAGAGUUAUAUUGAAAAAUGGUAUUCAAUUCAAAGGGGAACUGUCUGUUCAAUUGGCAAAUUUUGUGCGGUCACAUGCAAGGCAUGGCAAACUUUUAUCCAACCACCAAGAAAAGUACAUGUAUCAUAUGAACAUGAUUGACAACUAGCGAGUAUGUUUUAUCGAAGACUCUGGGUAGUUGUUGUUGUCAUUUUUUGUUUAUUUUAUAAAUUAAUAUGAUAAGCAGUAUUA